CCCACUCUCGGCCGUACCAGGGUAAAAACGAAAAUACUCAACAGAUUUCAAUGUCAAAAACAUUUAAUCCAAAAGGAGAAACCGAACCAUAAACAGUAAUCAUAACGACGUAGAACUGAUGCAAUAUGAUUAGUUUUAUUUAUAACAUGAAUGUAAAUGGUAAAUCGUUUAAUGUUAAAUAAGCAUACAAACAAAAUGUUACUAAUUAGUUUAGUGAAAAUCAUGAAUAUUGUUGUUAGUGAAAAUGAUAAACGGUUGUGGAGUUUACUGGCUUUCAUUGAAACCAUGAACCGAUCACCUGUAAUGUUGAAGAAUCUCAUACUAGAACGAAAUGGCCAUCCAGUGUUUCCAGGUUUUAAACACUGGUCUAACAUAGAUUGGCUCACAAUUUUAAAGGAAAUCUAGUAAAAAUUGAC